AUGUCCGACGGAGAUUUUACCAGAUUGCAGAUCUUUGGCACCGUGUUUGAGAUAACUGGCCGCUACACGGACUUGAACCCCGUGGGGAUGGGGGCGUUCGGAUUGGUGUGUUCAGCCAAGGACAAGUUGACAAACCAAAACGUGGCGAUCAAGAAGAUCAUGAAGCCGUUCUCGACCCCGGUAUUGGCGAAGCGCACGUACCGUGAGUUGAAGUUAUUGAAACAUCUCAGGCACGAGAACUUGAUCUCGCUCGACGACAUCUUUCUUUCGCCAUUGGAGGACAUUUACUUCGUGACCGAGUUGCAGGGCACGGACUUGCACCGCUUGCUUACAUCCCGGCCGUUGGAGAAGCAGUUCAUCCAGUACUUCCUCUACCAGAUCCUCCGCGGGUUGAAGUACGUGCACUCCGCAGGGGUUAUCCACCGCGACUUGAAGCCGUCCAAUAUCUUGAUCAACGAGAACUGUGACUUGAAAAUCUGUGACUUUGGACUAGCCCGCAUCCAGGAUCCCCAGAUGACCGGCUACGUCUCUACGCGCUAUUACCGCGCGCCAGAGAUUAUGCUCACGUGGCAGAAGUAUGACAUCGAGGUCGACAUGUGGUCUGCCGGGUGCAUUUUCGCGGAAAUGAUCUUGGGCAAGCCGCUCUUUCCGGGAAAGGAUCACGUGCACCAGUUCUCCAUCAUUACCGAGUUACUAGGCUCACCGCCGGCCGAUGUCAUCGACACCAUCUGCUCCGAAAACACGUUAAAGUUUGUCCAAUCGUUGCCCCACAAGGAGCCGGUUCCGUUUGCGGAGUACUUUGCCAGUAACGAAAUGGAGCCAGAAGCGAUUGACUUAUUGGCCAAGAUGUUGGUGUUUGAUCCGAAGAAGCGCAUCUCCGCGGAAGAGGCCUUGUCCCACCCGUACCUCCAGCCGUACCACGACCCGCUGGACGAGCCGGUCGCGGGUGAGAAGUUCGACUGGUCGUUCAACGAUGCAGAUUUGCCGGUCGAUACCUGGAGGGUCAUGAUGUACUCCGAAAUCUUGGACUUCCACCACGUCGACAGUGGCCAGAUCCAGGCCCAGCUGGAGCAGUUGCAGUACCAGCAGAUGCAACAGCCGGCACAGUAG